CUGGGUAUAAGAUUCUUGGUUGAUCAACAUUCAAUGAUGAGGAACCACACGACAAUAACAACUUUCAUCCUGCUGGGACUGACGGAUGACCCAAAACUGCAAGUUCUGCUUUUUGUCUUUCUGUUUCUCACAUACAUGUUGAGUGUAAUGGGGAACCUGACAAUUAUCACCCUCACAAUGGUAGAUUCCCACCUUAAAACACCUAUGUACUUCUUCCUAGGAAAUUUUUCCUUCCUAGAAGUUUCAUUUACUACUGUGUGUAUCCCUAGAUUCCUGUACAGUUUAUCAACUGGAGACAAUACCAUUACCUACAAUGCUUGUGCAAGUCAAAUAUUUUUUGUUUUUCUCUUUGGAGCAACAGAAUUUUUUCUCUUAGCAGCCAUGUCCUACGAUCGCUAUGUGGCCAUCUGUAAACCCCUUCAUUAUAUGACCAUCAUGAACAACAGAGUGUGUACUUUAUUAGUCCUCUCCUGCUGGGUAGCUGGCUUGAUGAUUAUUGUCCCACCCCUUAGCGUAGGCCUCCAGCUUGAAUUCUGUGAUUCUAAUGCCAUUGAUCAUUUCAGCUGUGAUGCAAGUCCCCUCCUAAAGAUCUCGUGCUCAGACACCUGGAUAUUAGAACAGAUGGUUAUACUUGUGGCUGUAUUUGCGCUCAUUAUUACCCUAGUCUGUGUGUUUCUGUCCUACAUGUACAUCAUCAGAACAAUUCUGAGAUUCCCCUCUGUUCAGCAAAGGAAAAAGGCCUUUUCCACCUGCUCCUCCCACAUGAUUGUGAUUUCCAUCACCUAUGGGAGCUGUAUUUUCAUCUACAUCAAGCCUUCAGCAAAGGAAGAAGUGGCCAUAAAUAAAGGAGUUUCAGUUCUCACCGCUUCUGUAGCACCCUUGCUGAACCCUUUCAUCUACACCUUGAGGAACAAGCAAGUGAAACAUGCUUUCAGUGACUCCAUAAAGAAGAUUGUAUUUCUCUCAAAGAAGAAAUUUUGA